AUGGCACCAACACAACUAGAUAUAAAGUGCAAGGCACUGGAAAGAUUAGUCAAAGAGGAGUCUUACUAUCAACAGGAGCUCAAAGAGCAACAGCAGCAUGUGGAUACCCUAAAGAAAGACACAAAAGUUGAUCCUUACGAUUUAAAGAAACAAGUUGAGGUUUUGGAAGAUACCGAAAGAUUGUUGCCUACUCUAUAUGCUAAGAUAAGAGAAUUCAAAGAGAACCUUCAACAAUAUAUAGAUUCUUAUGAAGGAGAGGAAGACCUACAUGAGGCUAAAAUUGCUAUUACCAACGCUGAUGAGCUAUUGGCCUCCCAUACCAAUUAA